AAAUUUCCCCUUUCCAAAUAACCACUGGAAUCCUGGCGAUGAUUGUCAUUUUGGUGAUGGGGAUAUUGAUCCUGCAACGAUUAUCAAAACGUGUGGAAAGACGUGCCUCCUCAACGUCGCCUCCUCCGGAAGGUCGGACACAGCCGGGCCCAGCUGGUGAUUCAGGGGAUCUCCACGACAAUAAUGGAGGGACACAGCCAGGGCCUACAAGCAGCUCGGGGGAUCUCCUCGACAGGGAUGAUUGGACAACAAAAUACUGGGUAAUCCAUGACAGAGAUGUUAAUUCCACAUCAUCCUGCUCACAGACUCACAACGAAGUAAUACAACUACGAAGAAAGAAUUAUGAAAUUAGUAAACCAUUAUCAGUUGAUAAACAACCGAACGUUCAUGGACGCGCAAGGACAACCAAGAGACACCUGUCCGAAUCACCAGUUGACACAACAUCAUCGUUGUCCUUGUUGGGUGCAACGUCACAUGUCAAAGGUGACGGUUUAAGAUCAAAGUCAGCCCAUGAUAUACGUGGCAUCACUAUAUCGCCAGAAGUCAAGGAAUUGAUAAAGAAAACUGAUUCGAUCAUAUUCAUUGAGCAAAACUGCGACUUGUCAAGAGUGAGUGCCACUUAUCUUAGUCCAACAGCUGACACAUGUCAUCAUCACACAAGUGAGUGAGGGAACAACAAUUAAAGCCACAGUCAGCAAUAUGUCAUCUAUAUCACGAUGUCUGUAAAUAAACGAGCAUUGACUACGCACACCAGUGACUGAAGGCAUGAGCAACAAUCGCCGCCAUCGGUAACGAUGCCUCGCAAUCAAUCAAAUUUAAAAGAGCCUGACCACCUGAUCCCUAUUUUGUCGCCUCGUAUGGGGUGCUUAGGAUCU